UCAGUGCUUUUCAACACCAUGGCGGACCCAGAAGCCCUCGGCUUUGAGCACAUGGGCCUGGACCCUCGGCUUCUGCAGGCUGUCACGGAUCUGGGCUGGUCGCGGCCUACGCUGAUCCAGGAAAAGGCCAUACCUUUGGCUCUGGAAGGGAAGGACCUUCUGGCCCGAGCCCGCACGGGCUCCGGGAAGACAGCUGCUUACGCGAUCCCGAUGCUACAGCAGCUGUUGCACAGGAAGGCGACAGGUCCUGUUGUAGAACAGGCUGUGAGAGGCCUUGUUCUUGUUCCUACCAAGGAGCUGGCACGGCAAGCCCAGUCCAUGAUUCAACAGCUGGCUGCCUACUGUGCUCGGGAUGUGCGGGUGGCCAAUGUCUCAGCUGCGGAAGACUCAGCUUCUCAGAGAGCUGUGCUAAUGGAGAAGCCAGAUGUUGUGGUGGGAACUCCAUCCCGCAUAUUAAGCCAUUUGCAGCAGAACACCUUGAAACUGAGAGACUCCUUGGAGCUGCUGGUAGUGGAUGAGGCUGAUCUUCUCUUUUCCUUUGGCUUUGAGGAAGAGCUCAAGAGUAUUCUCUGUCACUUACCCCGGAUUUAUCAGGCUUUCCUCAUGUCAGCUACUUUUAAUGAGGAUGUACAAGCACUGAAGGAGCUGGUUCUACACAACCCGGUUACCCUUAAGUUACAGGAAUCCCAGCUUCCAGGGGCAGACCAGUUACAGCAAUUUCAGGUGGUCUGUGAGACUGAAGAAGAUAAAUUCCUGCUGCUCUAUGCCCUCCUUAAGCUGUCAUUGAUUCGGGGAAAGUCCCUGCUGUUUGUCAACACUUUAGAGCGGGGUUAUCGGCUUCGCCUAUUCUUGGAACAGUUCAGCAUCCCCUCCUGUGUGCUCAAUGGAGAACUCCCGCUGCGCUCCAGAUGCCACAUCAUCUCACAGUUCAACCAAGGCUUCUAUGAUUGUGUCAUAGCAACAGAUGCUGAAGUCCUGGGGGCCCCAGCCAAGGACAAGCGGCAGGGCCGACGGUCCAAAGGAGACAAGGCUUCUGAUCCAGAGGCUGGUGUGGCACGGGGUAUAGAUUUCCACCAUGUGUCUGCUGUGCUCAACUUUGAUCUUCCUCCUACCCCUGAGGCUUAUAUCCAUCGAGCUGGCAGAACAGCACGAGCCAACAACCCAGGCAUAGUAUUGACCUUUGUGCUACCCACAGAGCAGUCCCACUUGGGCAAGAUUGAGGAGCUGCUUAGUGGAGAGGGUGAGGCCCGGGUAUUGCUUCCUUACCAGUUCCGGAUGGAGGAGAUUGAGGGCUUCCGCUAUCGCUGCAGGGAUGCCAUGCGCUCCGUGACCAAACAGGCCAUCCGGGAGGCAAGAUUGAAGGAGAUUAAAGAGGAGCUUCUGCACUCUGAGAAGCUCAAGACAUACUUCGAAGACAACCCCAGGGACCUCCAGCUGCUGCGGCAUGACCUGCCCUUGCACCCUGCAGUGGUGAAGCCUCACCUGAGCAAUGUCCCGGAGUACUUGGUCCCUGCCCCUCUACGUGGUCUCAUACAACUUCGCAAGAGGCGGAAGAAGCUGUUCUCCAGUAGGAAAGCUAAGAAGGCGAAGACCCAAAAUCCACUGCGCAGCUUUAAGCACAAAGAAAAGAAACCUAGACCCACAACAGUGCCCUCCUGAAGUUGUUUCUUGGCCUUGCUGGUGUGGGCUUCUCUACCUAAACCAGGCACACUCUGGUGCUCUGCCUGGAGAGACUGAAAUCUGGGGUGCCAUCGUGCCUGAUAACAGAAUAAAGGUUCCAGCUGGCCCAGGUGGUGCCUCUGGCCUGUUGGAAAA